AUGCCGACUAUACGAGACUGGCUGAUCGAAAACCCCAUGGCAAUUCCUUUACUGAUCCGUGCAUGGUGGAUGAACGAGCUUCCCAACGCACCGAGCCAAGUUAUCGAAGUUGCAAAGGAGUUGUCACAUUCGACCUUAGGAAUACGCAUAAUCAUGGAUAAGAUGAGUGAAUUCCUGCCAGGAGCUGGUUGUGCGACCGUUGUCGGAGUUGCUGCAUUCGGUCUCUGGCUAUCGCAGCAGCAGCACUCUGGUUCAGCCAAUGUGGAACACAUCGAAGGUAGACCGAACGCUGCACCGCCCAACCAUACUAAUUCACAGAUGUUUCCAUCUCAAGAUCCGUCGUCAAGUCUUACCGGUGGCCUGGUCAAUAAUUCGCCAAUUUCGAUGCACGGCCCGACGUCAGCAAACGUGGAAAACGCACCAAGCCCGAUCCUUGUUCAAGUGACGGGGAGGAGGGGAAAGGUUCGGACUGAAGGGCAGCCUCGCAUACACAUGACCCGUGGCAUGAGAGAGCUAAAGGGACCUUUGUAG